UGUCUGCUAAAAACGAACUUUGCACACAAAAACCUAACUUUAUGAUUCACGCAACUAUGUCUCCUUCUCCUCAGUCGUCGCUUUAAUAUUGAGGUAUUUGUUUCAUUCGCCCGAAGCUCCAGUUUCUCUGCGUACUCUCUUCCCUGCUAACUCUGCACUUCCUCUCAAAACCCCGAAUCAGGAGGGAACGGGUAGCGAGAGCAGAGCCAAGGAGUGUACUCUACACCGACGCCACAGAUUUGGGAACGCACCCUUGGCGAGUUGGAGCGGAGAAGACGCUGACGGAAUUUGGGUUUUGGGUCUAUGUGGAAUACGAGAUGAGUUGGGGAACGGAGCUUUGGGACCAGUUUGAUAACCUUGACAAACACACCCAGUGGGGGAUCGACUUCCUGGAGCGCUAUGCCAAGUUUGUCAAGGAGCGGCUGGAGAUCGAACAGACCUACGCCAAGCAGCUCAGGAACCUGGUAAAGAAGUACUGCCCCAAGCGCUCCAAAGACGAGGAACCCAGGUUCUCGUCGUGCGUGUCGUUCUACUCCAUCCUGAACGAGCUGAACGACUACGCGGGCCAGCGGGAGGUAGUGGCCGAGGACAUGGGCCACAAGGUGUACGGGGAGUUGCUCCGAUACAGCCAGGACCUGAAGGCCGAGCGCAAACACCACCUGCAGGAGGGCAGAAAGGCCCAGCAGUAUCUGGACCAGUGCUGGAAACAGAUGGACAACAGUAAGAAGAAGUUUGAGCGCGAGUGCAAGGAGGCGGAGAAGUGCCAGCUGAGCUUCGAGAAGCUGGACAACGACAUCAACGCCACCAAAUCCGAGGUGGAAAAGGCCAAGUCCCAGCUCUAUCUGCGCACCCACAUGGCGGACGAGAGCAAGAACGAGUACGCCGCCCAGCUCCAGAACUUCAACGGGGAACAGUGGAAGCACUUCAACUCUGCCAUCCCCCUCAUCUUCAAGAACCUGCAGGACAUGGACGAGAGGCGCACGGUCAAGCUGGGGGAGACCUACCGGAGCUUCGCCGAGGUGGAGAGGAAGGUCCUGCCCAUCAUCUCCACCUGCCUGGAGGUCAUGGUCUCUGCUGCCAAGGCUGUGGACCACCGCAAGGACUCGGUCAUCGUCGUGGAGUCGUUCAAAUCGGGCUUCGAGCCCCCGGGAGACUUCCCCUUCGAGGACUUCAGCCAGAACAUCCAGCGCAGCGGCUCCGACGGCACGCUGGGGCCCCCCCGAAGCGGCGGGGAGCAGGGGGGCAAGGGGGACCCCAGACCCUCCCUGGGGAAAGCCAAGAACAAGCUCUGGCUGUUUGGAAAGAAACCCAAGGCCCCCUCCCUGGAGGACUUCUCUCACCUCCCCCCGGAGCAGAGGAGGAAGAGGCUGCAGCACCGCAUCGACGAGCUGAGCAGAGACCUGCAGAAGGAGCUGGACCAGAGGGACGCCCUGAACAAGAUGAAAGAUGUGUAUGAGAAGAACCCUCAGAUGGGAGACCCCAUCAGCCUGCAGCCCAAGAUCUCUGAGACCAUGUGCACCAUGGAGAGACUCCGCUCCGAGAUCCACAAGAACGAGACCUGGCUGUCGGAGGUGGAGGGGAAGAACAGUAGCCGAGGAGACAGGCGACCCAGCACCGACCCCCACCCUGCCCCCGCAGGCCGGGAGAGUCCCGAGGGCAGCUACACCGACGACACCACCCAGGAGCUGCGGGGCCCGCCCCACCCCAGCCCCCGCCAGCCCGACCUCCCGCACGCCGACGUCCACGAGUUCGACGACGAGUUUGACGACGACGACCCCCUGCCCGUGAUCGGCCACUGCAAGGCGCUCUACUCCUUCGACGGUCAGAACGAGGGCACGCUGGUGAUGCUGGAGGACGAGGUCCUGUACAUCAUCGAGGAGGACAAGGGCGACGGCUGGACAAGGGCCCGCAGGCAGGGCGGGGAGGACGGCUACGUCCCCACCUCCUACCUGGAGAUCACCAUGGAGAAGAACAGCAAAGGUUCCUGAGUGCUGCUGAGUGGCCGGCUGAUUGGUGGUGGUGGGCUAGGGGGCGGGGCUAGCGUAGAGGCAGGUUGCAUGUUUGUCUGCAUGCUCUCACAAUUGACCAAUAACAACCUGACAGCAGCAAAGAACUCUGGGAUAGAUCAUGAUGGGGUGGGUGGGUAUUUUGACUCAGGGGCCCUACAAAGUCUUAAGCAGUCUUUAAACGUCUUAAAAAUGUCUUAAACAGUCUUAAAAACAGUUUGUAACAACUUAUAACAGCUUACGUAGCGACAGAACUAAACAAUGUCAAGCAUCGCACUUCCGAGAUUCUGCGAGUACUAAUGCUGUCGAUCUGGAGUGAGAAUGUCUGACUGCGGUCACGUGACCUGACCACCACCUCGUUGUGACCUUUUACGUGACCUUGCCAUGACCUCACCCGUGAUCAUUCCUUCCUAACCAAUCAGAAUCGUGGAUGUGCUUGGUGGUUCCAUUGACCCUUCCGCUGUGGGUGUGUGUGUGUGUCGUCCGACAUGGCCGUGCGUGUGCGUGUGUGUUAGAGAGAGUGUUCCCCAACAUGCCUGUGUCAUACGUGUUUGCGCUGCCUGCCUGUCAUGCCUGAUGCUUGUGUGUUCAAUGUGAAUGUGUGUUGCUAUCCCAUGUGGCAUGAUCACAUCAGUGUAGACACACAGGACUCUCCCUUCCUCCCCUACUCCUCCUUCUCCUCCUCCCUCCCCCCCUCCCCCCUCCCUCCUCCUACUUCCCCUACCUUCCCUCCCUCCCUUCUCUUUCCUCCUCCCUCCCUCCCUUACUCUUUCUCCACCCUAUUCCACCCCCUUCCUCCCGUCACUCUUCCCUCUCUCUUGCUCUCCUCCCCCUCCUCCCCCUCCUGCUGUCCACCCUCACAUUAGAGCAGCUGGUGGUGCAGUUCCACCAGUCCACCAGCAGGGGGCUCUCUCACCACGCUGCAGUUUCUAAUGGGACAGACGACGCUGAGACUACCAGCUGGAAUAAUAACAACGACAACAAUAAUAACAACAACAAUAACAACAACAAUGGCAGCAAGAACAAAAUCUUCGGUGACAGCUCUACACCAGAAGCCAGAAUUGAGGCUGUCUGCUCCUACGACACCUUCCUGUGGCAUGCAGACCCUGGCCCUCUACUACAACUCCCAGAAUCCCCUGGGGCUUUCUUCCGGCGCCUCUUCGAACAUCCAUAACUUGUGAAUGUCAUGAUGCAUAUACAUGUAUGUGUGUUCAUCUGAAUGGGAGAAUGUGUCUACAUGUAUGUGUAUAUAUGUAGCUAGUCUUAUUACGUAUUAACAAUUUCUUUAUUUCAUCAUGAAUGUGUUUUUAAGGUGUUUUUAUAAAGUUUAUACAACGAGAAGAGGCGGGGUGUGUGUGUGAGCGAUGUCUGGUCUGGUCACAUGCACUUUGGCCUGAACCAAUGAGAGACCAGGACUCGGCGUAACCACUAGUUGACGGUCCCGCCCAGAGACUUGUCUCUCUCUCUCUCCCUGUAACGAUGUGACAGGACUCUUUACGCUCCGGUCGCCACGGAGACCCCGGGUCGAGGAGGGUUGCCGUGGAGACGUGAGCGAUGGGAGGCCCUGGGAGUCGUGCGGGCGUCUUUUUGUUAACGUUGGAAGCUGUGAACUGUAGAAUAUCACUCAUCUUACUUGAACUCUCUCUGCCUGGGCCUCCCGGUAUUAUGGGAUGCCCUCUCUCUCUUUAUCUGCGGAGAACAUGCACUAACACACGGACGCUGGAGCCAUGGAAACGAGAGCGUUGCAGCCUCUCAACGGGACUUCCUCGUCUGGGGCGGCCUGGACAGGUGCAUUGUGGGGGACGCUGGUUGUCUUGGUGACCGAUUGUUUUGAGGAAGCUUGACGUGGUGACGGUCCUGUGGUCGUGAUGAUAAUGAUGAUGAUGACGAUGAUGAUGAGUGCAGUAGUGUCGGACUACCCUAGCCUCUUUAACCCCAAAUCCAGAGGAUAAAGUAAACUGUGAUCUUAUUACAUUUACAUUUAGUCAUUUAGCAGACGCUCUUAUCCAGAGCGACUUACAGUAAGUACAGGGACAUUCCCCCCGAGGCAAGUAGGGUGAAGUGCCUUGCCCAAGGACACAACGUCAGUUGGCAUGACCGGGAAUCGAACUGGCGACCUUCGGAUUACUAGCCCGAUUCCCUAAACGCUCAGCCACCUGACUCCCUUAUUAAUUCUAUCCGUUAUGCUGUAAUUCUGACCCUUAUGCAACAACAAAAAAACAGCCCCCAAAAAAACCACCCUUCCCACCAGCCCUGAGGUCUGGGGCGCUGGGCUGCAGUACCCCCUCCUCUCCAGACUGAGUGCUCUAACUAACCAUGAUGUAACACCCUGGCUGUACUUCCUCCUUUCUGUACGACCCACAAAAAAAUAAGAAAAGCUCUUUACAUAUGAAACAGUUCUAAUAAAAUAAACGUGACCAAA